UGCUGCGUCUGCGCGUCGCAGGGCGGUAAACAAGAUGGCGGCGGCGUGUGGGGCUGGGAAAGGGGAGGCUGCCCGCGGCGCCCGCGAGUGAGGCGCGAGCCACAGAGGGCGGUGCCGGCGUGGAGCUUUCUCUCGCGGCGGGCAUCUUUCUGCCUGGAGCUCGGUCCCCCCUCGCCGCUCCGGCCUCCUGCCUGUCGCGCGGCGGCUUGGCGGCGAGGGGGACGGCGCCGCCGCUCGGACUGUUUUUUUUUUUUUCCCUCCCUCCCUGGAGUCUCCGGAAGAUUCCCUGUUCGAACUUGGGAAGCCAGCAGCGUGUCCUGGUGUCCCCCGUCCGGGUGGAGCUCGCGUCGGUCACGGAACUAAGAGUCCGCGCGCGCUUUGCGCGCGGGCCGGACAUGGACGGCGCGAACCGGGCUUGGCGCGGCAGCCGGCGCUACUGAGCGCGCGGCGCUAGCGGCGACCAUGACCUAGCGGGUCGCGCACCGCGACGGCGGACCGUCGCCUCCGCCGGAAGCAGCGUCCCCGGGGACCUGAAUUGAGGGGGGACGCGAGGGUUGGAGGGGUGGGCUCGUUGCUUUUAUUUUCCUUUUCUUUUUCCUCCUUGAACAUCUAGAAGAAAAUAAUCAAAAGCGAAGAAUUUUGGCGCCCAGAAAGGGGACGUGGACCCCCCCCCCGGGCUUUUGAGGGGCCUGAGAGAAUUUCUGAGGGAAGAGAAUCGUUUUGUUUUUUUUUUGUUUGUUUGUUUCCUGAAUAUUUGGAAGAAAGGAGAAAUUAAACAAAGUGAAAGUAGUAAAGAGUUGGCGCCCCCAACGGGGACGAGGUGCAGGCCCAGGCAACAUGGACCUGGCAGACCCCCAGCCGCUGGGCCUGUUCCCUGAGGGCGAGCUCAUAUCGGUGGGUAUGGACACUUUCAUCCACCGCAUCGACUCCACCGAGGUCAUCUACCAGCCCCGCCGCAAGCGCGCCAAGCUUAUUGGCAAGUACCUGAUGGGAGACCUGCUGGGUGAGGGCUCCUACGGCAAGGUGAAGGAGGUGCUGGACUCCGAGACGCUCUGCCGCAGGGCGGUCAAGAUCCUCAAGAAGAAGAAGCUGAGACGCAUCCCCAAUGGAGAGGCUAACGUCAAGAAGGAGAUCCAGCUGUUGCGGCGGCUGCGGCACCGGAAUGUGAUCCAGCUGGUGGACGUAUUGUUCAAUGAGGAGAAGCAGAAGAUGUAUAUGGUGAUGGAGUACUGUGUGUGCGGCAUGCAGGAAAUGUUGGACAGCGUGCCUGAGAAACGCUUCCCUGUGUGCCAGGCCCAUGGGUACUUCUGCCAGUUGAUCGACGGGCUGGAGUACCUGCACAGCCAGGGCAUUGUGCAUAAGGACAUCAAGCCAGGCAACCUGCUGCUCACCACCAGUGGCACGCUUAAGAUCUCCGACCUUGGCGUUGCCGAGGCCCUGCACCCCUUUGCCGUUGAUGACACCUGCCGGACCAGCCAGGGCUCCCCAGCCUUCCAACCACCCGAGAUCGCCAAUGGGCUGGAUACCUUUUCUGGCUUCAAGGUGGACAUCUGGUCAGCUGGGGUCACGCUGAGUGGGAGGCCCCCCAGUCUCAGGUGCUGCCAGCCUGACUCUAUCCUCCCGUUUAGUUACAAUAUCACCACGGGCCUCUACCCAUUUGAGGGUGACAAUAUCUACAAGCUGUUCGAGAACAUCGGGAGAGGGGACUUCACCAUCCCGUGUGACUGCGGUCCGCCACUCUCAGAUCUGCUCCGAGGGAUGUUGGAAUAUGAGCCAGCCAAGAGAUUCUCCAUCCGGCAGAUCAGACAGCACAGCUGGUUCCGGAAGAAACACCCACUGGCCGAGACAUUGGUGCCCAUCCCACCCAGCCCAGACACCAAGGACCGGUGGCGCAGCAUGACAGUGGUGCCCUACCUGGAAGACCUGCAUGGCCACACUGAAGAGGAUGAGGAUGAGGAGCUAUUUGACCUUGAGGAUGGCAUCAUCUACACACAGGAUUUCACGGUGCCUGGACAGGUCAUGGAGGAGGAGGCGGGUCAGAAUGGGCAGAGCCGCAGCGUGCCCCGAGCACUUUGUGUGAAUGGCACUGAGAUCGGCAGGGUCAAGGCUGAUGCCCGAUCCAACCCUGUACGCAAGGCCUGUGCCAGCAGCAAGAUCCGCCGCCUGUCUGCCUGCAAGCAGCAAUGAGGGCAGCUGUCAGGACCAGGCGGAACCGCCUGCGGAGGCACCACAUGCACUUUAUGUCGCACCACUGGCCGAGCUCGCCGUCCUCCUUCGUUCGGCUCCUUUUCAAUGACAGGUGGACAGUGAGGGUGUUUGGAGCGGCGGGGCGCAGAGAAGACGCGGAGAGCUAGUUGCAGAGACGUUUAUGCUCAACAGAGACAAGGGGGUGGAGCAGGGCAGGGGCGCUGCGCCCCGUCUUUUGGCAAUAAAUAAAGCUUGGGAAACUUGAA